UAUGGCCACCACUUUACAGUUGAGCUUGGGGAAGCGAUUUCUGAACCAAUUCAGCUACGCAACUGCUCGAAAUUCACCUACCCUCUCUGGCAGGAAUACGUGCGACCUUAUUCGGAUGAAGUGAUCAACGACAAAUACUGGGCUCCUCACCCUCAAACUGGUGUGUUUGGGCCAGCAACCGAUCACAGUGGUUUCAAAACGACGCCUGCCAGCGCUACUGUAGAUUCUGUAUUGGAACACAAGGCUUUCUUCCGCCCUCUUGAGGAUCUUGACAAGCCAGCCUACGUUUAACUUUCAUAAUAGUUACAACUCUGUUAAUUUGAAUGCUCUGAGGGUAGCAGCAAGAUAUAUAUUAUUUGAAUCUGUAACAUAUGAGUAUUUGUACUACACCAUUACUGCACUGCUUUCAAAUGUUUAUGAGCUAUUGUUAUAUGAGUUUCUUUAUUUA